AUGAAUGCUCAAAUAGACGGAGGGUAACAAAUGGUUAAUAAUGAAAAUGAAGGAAACACUGUUCCUAAAUUCACAAAGCUUUUUGGAAGAGCAAUGGAUUAAUUUAGAUUGAGGGUGUUUUUCCUAUUCCUUGAGAGAUUAUACUUAAUAAUCAGCAUGCCGAUUAUUUUAGUUUUAUUAUCUUUACAAGAUUGUGGGUGGAAUGACUUACAUUAUUGGGUGUUAUUUAGCAGUCUCCAAGCAAUUUUUAGUUUGGUUUUGUACGGAUAGUUAUUUCAUUUCUCCAAUAUUCAAUCAAUUUAAUAGCAUUUAGCUUUCCAUUAUGUUUAAAUAGUGUUUGUUCCAUUAAAUGAAGUGACAGAUCAUCCAAUAGCUCCAGAAGUUUUUGAUCCCACUGCAAACUUGUCAACAAUGGAACUAGAUAAAAAGGCAGAUGUAAUGCAAUUGUAAAUAAGAUAAGAGAUCGUGAAUUAAAGUAGGUUUUGCAAGUACAAUAACAUCUUUAGCAAUGCAACUAAUUAGGCAAUAUUUAUUUGGACGAUUUAUUAUAUAAUAUCUAAUCCCCAGAACAGUGGCGCAGAAGGGAAUAAAUGCGAUAGAUGGCCAAUUAUUCAAACCUACAUUUACGGAGCUUUAUUAUUCUUAUAAUAUUCCUAGUAUUAUUUACUAGCUGCUUUGGCAUUGGUCAUGCUCCCUUUUAUUUUGGUUUAUCUAAUAGUUAGAUGUUUCACUGAUAGAAGAAAGAAAUAACAGGCUUUGAUGGCAUUGAGUGAAUUACAGAAAAAUAAGAUUUUGUAUAAGCCUAACAUAAUUGAAGGAGAACAAGAAUGCUCAAUUUGUAUGCAACCUUAUCAAACUGAUGAUGAAGUCCUGUAAAUGCCUUGCAGUCCACUUCAUCAUUUUCAUAACACUUGUAUAUCUGCCUGGUUAUAAAUCCAAUCAACUUGUCCAAAUUGCAGAUCAUAAUUGUUGGCAGAUAACUAGCAACCACUCCUUUAGCAACCAUAACUACAAGAAGAAUUAUGA